GGGCGCGAGGCCGCUCUGGCCCCAAGCGGAGCCUCUCGCUGGUAGACGGGCCCGAGGGAGCCUCUCUGGGCACAGCGCCGCUGCGCGACUCGAUGCUCCGACCGGAAGUGCUCUUCACCGCCGGCCUCCCACCCGGCUCUCUGGUCUAGGCGGUAAGAUGGCGGCUACCGCGGAGUGCGAUGUGGUAAUGGCGGCGACCGAGCCCGAGCUGCCCGACGAAGAAGGAGCGAAGAGGGAAGCAGAGUCUUUCAAGGAACAAGGAAAUGCAUACUAUGCCAAGAAAGAUUACAAUGAAGCUUAUAACUAUUAUACAAAAGCCAUAGACAUGUGUCCUAAAAAUGCUAGCUAUUACGGGAAUCGAGCAGCCACCUUGAUGAUGCUUGGAAGGUUCCGGGAUGCUCUUGGAGAUGCACAGCAGUCAGUGAGGUUGGAUGACAGUUUCGUCCGGGGACAUCUACGAGAAGGCAAAUGCCACCUAUCUUUAGGGAAUGCCAUGGCAGCCUGUCGCAGUUUCCAGAGAGCCCUAGAAUUGGAUCACAAAAAUGCUCAGGCACAACAGGAGUUCAAGAAUGCUAAUGCAGUCAUAGAAUAUGAGAAAAUAGCAGAAACGGAUUUUGAGAAGCGGGAUUUUCGGAAGGUGGUUUUCUGCAUGGAUCGUGCACUAGAAUUUGCUCCUGCUUGCCAUCGCUUCAAAAUCCUCAAAGCAGAAUGUUUAGCAAUGCUGGGUCGUUAUCCAGAAGCACAGUCUGUGGCUAGUGACAUUUUACGCAUGGAUUCCACCAAUGCAGAUGCUCUGUAUGUCCGAGGUCUUUGCCUUUAUUAUGAAGAUUGUAUUGAGAAGGCGGUUCAGUUUUUUGUACAGGCUCUCAGGAUGGCUCCUGACCAUGAGAAGGCCUGUGUUGCUUGCAGAAAUGCCAAAGCACUGAAAGCAAAGAAAGAAGAUGGAAAUAAAGCCUUUAAAGACGGAAAUUACAAGCUAGCAUAUGAACUGUACACAGAAGCCCUGGGGAUAGACCCCAACAAUAUAAAAACAAAUGCUAAACUCUACUGUAAUCGGGGUACGGUUAAUUCCAAGCUUAGGAAACUAGAUGAUGCAAUAGAAGACUGCACAAGUGCAGUGAAGCUCGAUGACACUUACAUAAAAGCCUACUUGAGAAGAGCUCAGUGUUACAUGGACACAGAACAGUAUGAAGAAGCAGUGCGGGACUAUGAAAAAGUGUAUCAGACGGAGAAAACAAAAGAACACAAACAACUCCUUAAAAAUGCACAGAUGGAACUAAAGAAGAGUAAGAGGAAAGAUUACUACAAGAUUCUGGGAGUGGACAAGAAUGCCUCUGAGGAUGAGAUCAAGAAAGCUUAUCGGAAACGGGCCUUGAUGCACCAUCCAGAUCGGCACAGUGGAGCCAGUGCCGAAGUUCAGAAGGAGGAGGAGAAAAAGUUCAAGGAAGUUGGAGAAGCUUUUACCAUCCUCUCUGAUCCCAAGAAAAAGACUCGCUAUGACAGUGGACAGGACCUGGAUGAGGAGGGCAUGAAUAUGGGUGAUUUUGAUGCAAACAAUAUCUUCAAGGCAUUCUUCGGAGGGCCUGGGGGCUUCAGCUUUGAAGCAUCUGGUCCCGGGAAUUUCUUCUUUCAAUUUGGCUAAUGAAAGGAAAC